CUGAGCAAAUCAGGCAAGCAUAUGGCAACAUUGAUGGGUGGAGGCAAACCUGGGGACUCCAAUCCUUAUAUUGGUUUAGGAUUCGAUGACUCUGGUAAUUGGAUUCCUGGAACUCCCACAGUUCUAUCUCUUCUGUCUUCGGUUCUCGAAAGAUCGGUCCGAGGGAACGAAAAGUUAUUGGUUAGAUCGAAAAUCAAGGAUAGUAUUACCAUAUUCCAUGGUUCAAAAGAACCUUCCUUGAACAUUAGACAGUACGUGGAACGCAUCUUCAAGUACUGCAAAUGCAGCAACUCUUGCUUUGUUGUUGCCGUUAUAUAUAUCGACAGGUUCCUGCAACGAAUCGAUGCCUACCUUACUUCGCUCAACGUGCAUCGUCUCUUGAUCACAAGUGUCCUGGUGGCUGCCAAAUUUAUGGAUGACCAGUGUUAUAACAAUGCUUAUUACGCGAAAGUUGGGGGAGUUAGCAGAGAGGAACUGAACAGAUUGGAGAUGAAGUUCUUGUUCAAUUUGGAUUUUCGACUUCAUGUCAAGACCGACGUCUUCGACAAGUACUGGCUUAAGAUCCAACAAGAAGAUGAUGGGGAAAGCCGAACUGACCAGCAUAUUCACCGCCGUCGUUCGAAGAAAGAUGAUACCAGAAGAGGCCGGCGAAUCACCAGGUAGAACCAGCCCUAUAGUGCAACCUUAAGGAAUCGAUGACCCAAAGUUCAAAUGGCAUAGGGAUGAUUUGUGACUUGAAAA